AUGAGACUUGAACAACAAUCCAAUGUGCUAGGUAAAUGGUACUACCCUGUGGAACACAGAACCGAUAACGGUUACCGUCUUGUUGACUUACGUGAACGGACGGGUCACUUCCACGCUCAAGAGGAACCAUCGACGCCAUCAGCUCACGUGGCAGGGCUCGACCACGUUCUGAUGAGAAAAACUCCGUAUGUGGAUGUUCGAAACCUGUUUGGAAUGCCGCUUUCGAUCCUGACCACUGUCCAUUUCUUCUCAGCUUCACGAUACCGUUCCACAAGAGAAACCGAGGAGUUCCUCUUCAACUGA